AUGCCUACUCUGCGAUCCUCCUCCAGGCCUCACAGCUCCUCUUCCCCAAGCAGUGAGGGUUCUCCUUUGCAAAAGACCCAGAAUGACACACAGGGAGCCUUGUUUACAUCUUCUGUUUACUCCGUUAAUCUGCCAUCUGAGGACAGAGACUCAGAGCAGGCAUCAGAGGGGGACACAUACUCUGUGUCAUCUGAUGAUGAGAGUGACUUUGAAGACAGCCUGCAACCUAAUGUGAAGAAGAGAACUGCGAAACAACCACUCAGAAUAACUCCUAUGCCAAAACAUCGAAAGAAGGGGUUCCAGACCGAAUGUUGUAAUGGCCAGAAAGAGGCAGCACAACCAUUAGCCAAUGAUCUCUUUGAUGCUGUGAAAGCUGCCAAAAGUGACAUGCAGUCUUUGGUGGAUGAGUGGCUGGAUAACUACAAGCAAGAUGAGAAUGCGGGGUUCUUGGAGCUCAUUAACUUUUUCGUUCGAUCCUGUGGAUGUAAAGGCUCUGUGACCCCUGAGAUGUUUAAGAAGAUGUCCAACUCAGAGAUCAUCCAGCACUUGACUGAACAGUUUAAUGAGGAUUCAGGGGAAUAUCCCUUGACAGCUCCUGGGCCAUCCUGGAAGAAGUUCCAGGGAAGCUUCUGUGAAUUUAUAAAGACAUUGGUCUGUCAGUGCCAGUACAGCCUCCUCUAUGACAGCUUUCCUAUGGAUGAGCUCAUCUCCCUGCUCACUGGCUUCUCAGACUCUCAGGUCCGCGCCUUCCGUCACACUAGCACCUUGGCUGCUAUGAAGCUGAUGACCUCUUUAGUAAAAGUUGCCCUCCAACUGAGUUUGCACAGAGACAACAAUCAGCGGCAGUAUGAAGCUGAAAGAAACAAGAGGCCAGAGCAGAGAGCUCCUGAGCGGCUGGAGAGCCUGCAAAAGAAACGCAAAGAGCUCCAUGAACAUCAAGAGGAGAUAGAGGGAAUGAUGAAUGCCAUCUUUAGGGGUGUCUUUAUCCAUCGAUACAGGGACAUCCUUCCUGAGAUCCGUGCUAUCUGUAUGGAGGAGCUUGGGUGUUGGAUGCAAACCUACAACACCUCUUUCCUCACGGACAGCUAUUUAAAAUACAUUGGCUGGACCUUGCAUGAUAAGCAGGGGGAAGUGCGUCUAAAGUGCCUGAAGGCUCUAAAAGGGUUGUACAGCAACCGGGAGCUGAUUGCACGUCUAGAGCUCUUUACCAGUCGCUUUAAGGACCGAAUGGUGGCCAUGGCCAUGGACAAAGAGUACGAUGUGGCAGUGGAGGCCAUCAGGCUUCUGACUGUUAUCCUGAAGAACACAGAGGGAGUUCUGACUAAUGCAGACUGUGAGAUCAUUUACCCCAUUGUGUAUGCUUCCAACCGGGUCCUGUCCUCUGCUGCAGGAGAAUUUCUGUAUUGGAAGCUCCUCUGUCCUGAGAGUGAGGCAAGAGUGGGGGGUGGAAGAGAGCAGGACCGAUACCGGAGUCUACAUGCCCAGAGGAGUUUUUUCUACCUUCUGAUGGCCUUCUUCAUGAAGAGUGAGCUCCAUGAACAUGCUGCUUACUUAGUGGACAGCCUAUGGGACUGUGCAGGGUUUCGGCUGAAGGACUGGGAGAAUCUGGCAGGCAUGCUACUGGAGAAGGACCAGAACUUGAGCAAUGUAGAGGAGAGGACACUGAUAGAAAUCCUUGUGUCCAGUGCCCGGCAAGCUGCAGAGAUUCAGCCUCCUGUAGGACGAGUCACUGGGAAAAAGGGCCUAACUGCUAAGGAACGUAAGCUCCAAGCCAAUGACAAGGCAAAGCUAGCAGAGCAGCUCAUUCCCUUGCUACCCCAGCUCCUGACAAAGUUCUCAGCAGAUGCAGAGAAAGUUGCUCCCCUACUCCAGCUUCUCGACUACUUUGACCUCAGUAUCUACUGUACUGGGCGCUUAGAGAAGCACCUGGAACUGCUUCUGCAGCAACUUCAGGAGGUGGUAGUAAAGCACGUGGAUCCAGCAGUACUAGAGGCUGGUGCACACGCCCUCCAUCUGCUUCGCAAGCCUGAGUUCACCUUUUUCAACCGUGUGGACUUCACCCUUAGCCAACUAAUGGAAUUGCUCACUGGCCACUUCAAGCAGGAUCUCAAUGAGCUGCUGCAGUCAUCCUUCCUUGACGAAGACGAGAUAUACAGUCUGGCAACCACAAUGAAGCGCCUUUCUGCCUUCUACACUGCUCAUGACCUGACUCGAUGGGAGCUCUAUGAGCCAUGCUGCAGACUUCUCCGAAAGGCUGUUGAUACAGGAGAUGUUCCUCACCAGGUCGUCCAGCCAGCCUUGACUCUUGUAUAUUUUUCCAUUCUAUGGACAGUAGCCCACUUCAUUGAGUCAGCUGCUUCUAAGAAUCAGCUGUUGAGUCUGAAGGACAGGAUGACGGCCUUCUGCGAACUCUGUCAGAGCUGCCUCUCUGAUGUGGAUCCGAAGAUACAGGAGAAGGCUUUUAUUGUGUUAAGUGAUCUGCUUAUCAUCUUCAGUCCUCAGAUGACUGUAGAGGGACGAGAGUUCCUUCAGCCCCUUGUGUUUUCUCCAGAAGCUGCUCUCCAGUCUGAGCUAGCCAGCUUUCUCAUGGACCAUGUCUUCCUCCAGUCUGAAGACAUGAGCAGUGGUCACUCCUACUUCGAGGAUGAUGAACAAAUAGAGCAGCUGCACCACCGGCGCCGCCUCCUCUCUGGGUUUUGCAAACUACUGCUCUAUGGAGUGCUAGAACUGGAUGCAGCCUCAGAUGUUUUCAAACACUACCACAAGUUCUACAGGGACUAUGGUGACAUUAUAAAGGAAACAUUGACAAGAGCAAGGCAGAUUGACCGAAGUCAUUGUUCCCGAAUCCUGCUGCUAAGCCUCAAGCAGCUGUACACAGAAUUGCUGCAGGAGCAGGGGUCCCAGGGCCUGAGUGAGCAGCCAGCCUUCAUGGAGAUGAGAGACCUCGCCCGGAGGUUUGCCUUGAGCUUUGGACCCCACCAGAUUCAAAACCGAGAUGUUGUAGUCAAGCUUCACAAGGAAGGCAUCAAGUUCUCCUUGUCUGAGCUUCCUCCAGCUGGCUCCUCCGGGGAACCCCCCAAUCUGGCAUUCCUGGAACUCCUUUCAGAAUUUUCUCCUCGCCUCUUCUAUCAGGACAAACCACUCAUACUCUCCUACCUGGACAAGUGUCUACAGCAGGUCUCCCAGACACCAAGCCCUCCGUGGGGUCCAGUGACCACCUACUGCCACUCACUCAGCCCUGUGGAGAACAUAGCAGAGGGCAGCCCACAGAAUCGCCUCCAAUCCAAGACAAGUCACAUUAGAGGUAGGGGCACAUCCUCCACGCCCUCUACAUCCUCCACAUCCUCCACAUCCUCAUCCCAGGAGGAGAGCCUGCAGCUGAGCAGUGUCCCGCCCACACCCACCCUCACUUCCACGGUGCUGAGAAACAGGCAGCCACUGGUGACAGUGGGCAAGAAGGAAGAAGAAGAUGGCUCAAGACUGGAGUUUGUCUGCCGCCUGCCCUUCUCAAGAACCCAGCAAUCAAGGCACUCAGGUGCACUGUAUUUUGGAGUUCCACCAGCCCUUCCAAGUCCUGGUCAGGACAGCCCAUUGACUCGUCUCCGCCUGAUGGAAGAGGAUGAGGAAGAACUAGGAAUCCUGAAUGAAUCAAGUGAGGAGUGGCAAGAUGCAGACAAGGAGCCUGGAAGCCCCUCCUCCCUCAGCGAGCAUGGUCUGGACCUCCUAGACACCACAGAGCUCAGCAUUGAGGACAUAAGCACUUGGAAAAGAUGAACAAGAAGAAGGAGCACAAUGAAACAUGGCUUCAGUCCCAGCCCUGAGAGGAAGGAGGGGCCGCCCUGCCUUUCUGGCCUCCCUUUCUCUCUUGGUGGCUGGUAGAAAAGCCAUGAGCACCUGGCCUCCCCUCUGCCUGCUUUCUGCUGUUUG